AUGACAGAAGAUAUCCAAGCUCCGACCAGUAUUAAUCAGAACAUGUCUUCUGAGAAACCUCAGCUCCAAGUCAUUGAUAUUAUUGAUCAACUAGCUAAUUCUUCUGAGAUACGUCCAUAUGAAAUUACAGAGAUUAAUCCCGGCUCUCCCUUUAUAGAAGAAAAUCAAGAAGGUGCUAAACAUUUGGCAGAGAAUUCAGCACACCAAAUUUCGGAUGCUACAAAAGAACUUCAAGGAAAGCCAGAAGGAAAAAGUGAAGAAAAAAAUUGUCUCAUUUACCAGGAAUCAAGAGUCAGUGAAGAAGAAUCCAGAGACGGGCUCCAUGAGAAGGCUGCUACUUUAAGUACUAAAGAAUGUCAGGGGGAAGAAAAUGUCUCAUCCAAAUUUUGGGAUGAAAGCACCGAUAUCCCUACAGAAGCAGAGGAGGAGCAAAGAAAGGUACAGUUGAACGAGACCAGCGACCAAAUUAAAGAAGAAACACUCUUAAAAGACAGCGAGAGCCUAACAGAAGAAGACUGGGAAGGUGAAGAUGAUGAAUUUCAACAGGAAACCAGCACGGCUUUUCAUAAAAAAGGGCAAGAAAACCAUAAUACCCAAGGCCUUCCUACCAGUCCCAGCUGUGCCUCUCAGACUGAGAAAUAUGAUGACCAGCCAGGGGCCCUGAAAAAAAAUGAUAUCUCUCGGCACAGUUAUUCUCGUUAUAACACAAUAUCCUAUCGGAAGAUCCGGAGGGGAAACACUAAACAGAGAAUCGAUGAAUUUGAGUCCAUGAUGCAUUCAUAA